AUGUCUCGACGAUUUUUGCUAGCUCUGCAUAAUAGACCUUUUGCGCGCGAAAAAGAAACCAGCGAAUGGGCCGCCUUGAGCGCAAAGGAUCAGCGGGUACUCUACGCCGCCGAAUUUGGAUACACGAAUUAUGCGACCUACUUCGUUCAUCUCAAACACAAACAUGCCGCCGCGGUGGCCCUCCAAGCGCCACAUUUGCUAGACAAACCUAAAAUUAUCUGGUCGAAGCUAUUAGAAAGAUCUCCUUGGGGAAGUUAUUCAAGAAAGCGAUUGAUCUAUUUUGUCCUGUCAACUGGAUUUUGGAUUGGUUUUUUCAUCCUUUUAGCUAAAUUUAGCCAGUACGACUGGCCACCGUAUAAUCUUCUUCCUGUUUUACUGCCGACGACUAUGCGCCCCAUCGACAGUCAAAUCUUUAAAUAUUCCUACGACCCGUCCCUGUCAAAAAUGACCCCUGUAGAAGUCGCGACAAAAUAUUGGCUUACGAAGGAGCUAGCAAAUUUUGGAACUCACUUAUCAUGGGAUUGCUCAUAUCAUGGCUACCGAAGACCCUGGAUGAAUAUUCAAUUUUCCUGA